AUGGGAUCGUCCCUCUUUGCAAACAGUGGUAGCCUUUACUCUAAAAGUCAUCGCGUGUUUUUAGAUAAAUCAGGGCAAACUGAGAAGAUUAAUGACCUUAUACAAUUGUGUAUACCGCCAUUGAUUAAUGAGAAGAAAAUUGUCAAGGAACAAAGCUUGAAUGUUUUAAGCAUCGGGAGUGGAAAUGGGCAGGCAGAUUUGUUUGUCCUGAAAGUGAUCAAGGAAGAAUUGAUGAAGACAGACCUAGGCCACAGUGUCAAGAUCUUCAACCGUGCCAUUGACCCCAACUUAUAUUCAUGUGAUCUGUACAGAGCAGCUAUUGAAAAUCUACCAAGACCGCUAAACGAUGGCAAAGUGGCCUUUGAAAUCUGUCAGCAGUCCUUUGAAGAGUAUCAAGAAAGCCACAGAGAACCCCUCAGUUUCGACAUCGUGCAUUUCAUACACAGCAUAUAUUAUGUAGACAUCGAGAAAGCUUUACUGCAUUGUUUUGAAAAAGAACUUAGCGGUAAAGGAAAAAUAAUCUGUAUCGCCUCCAGGCGAGGUCUUAUUUGUAGCGUUGUGUCAAAACUGCAGCAAAAACUGCAGUGGCAUGUGGGCAGUGAGAUUUACGAUGUAGUUGAUAAAAUGAUCCAGAUUGCCAACAAAAACGGAUGGAAGAUUGAGGUUCAUGACCAAGAAUAUUCAAUUGAUGUCACCGAGGUCUUUGAUCCGCAUUCAACCGAAGGAAAUCUGCUACUCGACUUCUUGACGCAAACGGAAAAUUUUCGUAAUACUGAGGACAAAGAGUUUGUUGAAGAAACGUUGUCGUUCAUUAGAGAUCUGACUUAUGUCAAAGGCGGGAAAUUUUUUGGAGAAAAGAAAGAGUCUCUAGUGGUCAUCUCUGUCAAGUAACACAAACUAUCGUGAGAUUUUUUCGGAAAUUGUUUUGUUCUCUUUUUAUUUCCAGCGUAGCGACUAAGGGAUUUACGUUGCCCCAGCUUGACAAUAGUAACUUGUUCAAGAUGGAGCUUGAAUAAUCAAAUACUCAAUUCCUCAGAUUGAAGUUCUCAGAUCGUUUUUCAAGCGAGCGGGGACAAGCGCGAGAACAGCUCGCUGUGCGAGUGAAGCACGACGAGGGCGGGGGAGGACCAAACCGUAAACGUUUCUUGGAAACUGCCAACCUACUCCUUCCCUAAGCCAACAGGACCAAAAGGUUUAUUAUUUUCUGCGCUUUGUAUGCACAGUGAAAUGACCCUGGCUUUUGCCGAAAAAGGUACAAAAGGUCAUGGCUAAUGCCUGUGUAUACACCACGCUGAUCCAAUCUGAGCGAGAUUGCCGGGGAAGAAAUGCAAGAUAGAGUCGAUAGCGCUUGAUUGAAUUCGGGGAAAGGGGCACUCAACAAAGCUUCAUACGGGGAGGCUCCGACCCCAGAUCCAACGCCUUAACUUCAGUUUUAUGUACCAUUUUUGACAGAAUGUAUCCCUUUCGUAUACCUGCUAUUGACAAAUAGUACCCCUUUCACAUACUUAGUUUAGAUCUGCUGUACAUACACCGUCUUUCAAAUAUGAAUAAAUCACUAAACCAGGAAAUUUAUUGUCUUUUUCACGACCGUUAGAAGCAUUUGUUCGCCCUUUAAGGUCCUUUUACAGACCUAAAUAACAGAUUUCCCAUCCUCGGAGACUUAGGGGUAGUCAGUUGGGACAGGAGAAAGGCACGACGAAAGUUUCAAACACGGGCGGAAAAGCCCCUGGGUACCGAUUCUCACCGGGUCUUUUACAAAUGGUUAAGCAAGUGCUGGCUCCUGAUUGGGCACAAAAAUAUUUGGUAUUAUUGUGCCCAUUAGGCGAACAGCAUCUAUUGAGUUCUUUUCGUGCUUCAUACACGACCGCUCUUGUCACGCCAUACUUGUCCGGUUCGUUCACCAAAGAAAUGCACGCCAACUGGAAACUUUCAGUUUAAUAUAAACUCUCUGAGGGUGCAGAUUUGCCUAUUCUUUCAUAUACUUGUGAAAUUCUUACCUUUUUAUAUUCCUGAACCCUGAAAAAGGUACCCCUUCUGGGUGGAGCCUCCUUACAUACGUCACUAUGGAGUACACCCGCCUCCUCUCCAGGGGGGUUUGAAUCGACGUCAUGUCAGAAUCUAUGAAAACAGCAAAACCACUAAUGGAACGCCAUGAGGACUACUCCUCGACUAGUGGCUGAAGUAAAAAAUAAAAUGCUUAGACUAAAGCCGAUCUGGUCUUGUUUACGAAAUAGCAACGCGAUUUUCGGAAUAUCCAAACCGCAUACUGCUUAGGAUUAGUUAUUGCUUGUUACUAAUUAUUUUGGUCUGUGUAUAACAUUCAAUUUUUUGCUUCGGCGGAGCGCGAAGUAAAAGAUUCGCGACGCUCAGGAAUGUAUCAAAGUUGACAUUUUUGGGACAAGAUUGGGCGCGCAAAGUCCGUAGGUUUUCGGUUUUAUUCGGCUAUUUGACGAAGUGAGAGCCGAAUUAGUUCGAGAUAUUUCGAGGUCACUUCGAUUUC